CUCUCGCUUGCUCGCUCUCUCACUCUCGCUCGCGGCUCGCCCUCGCUCUCGCCUAUCGUUCGCUCGCUCUCGCCUCUCGGUCGGUAGCUGGGGAGGUCGCAUCCGUGGCUACUGGCUCUCUUAACUCUUGCUCUCGCUGGGUGACUGGGUCGCUCGCCUCUCUGCAUUGCCAUUGGGACACUUUGGUUCAAUCUCUUGGGGCAGGUGGCCACUGGCCAGUGGGCAUCCCUUCAUACUCUAGAAAGAGACUAGAGAUUAUGGCAUUUGUUCUUAAAGUGCCAACAAAUAACAUCCAAGGAAGGGGAAACUUCACUUCACUAAGUGGACAUGGAAGAUGGGAUAGAGCUAUUUCUAGAAAGGGAAGAUCAGUUUGUCCUGUGGUUGGCAUGUCAAGCACACCCAUUAUCUCUCUUGAGAAGCCUCUAAAAGUGGCGCAAAAUAUUGCGUUCCCAAUCAUGGUGAGUGGCUGUACCGGUAAAAUGGGUAAGGCAGUUAUUGAAGCAGCUGUUUCUGCAGGACUGCAUCUAGUGCCUUUAUCAUUUAGCAGUGCAGAGGAGUCUGGACAAACUGUGCGAGUGGCAGGAAAAGAGAUCCAGGUGUAUGGUCCAUCUGAUAGGGAAAGUAUAUUAGCAUCCACAUUCGAGGAGUAUCCUGAUUUGGUUGUGGUGGACUACACUGUGCCUGCUGCUGUGAAUGAUAACGCAGAGUUGUACUGCAAAGUUGGGGUGCCUUUUGUAAUGGGAACCACUGGUGGAGAUAGGGCACGACUUUAUAAGACUGUUGAAGACACAAAAGUUUAUGCUGUGAUCUCGCCUCAAAUGGGAAAACAGGUUGUAGCAUUUCUUGCUGCUAUGGAAAUUAUGGCUGAGCAAUUUCCUGGAGCCUUCUCUGGGUAUUCACUGCAGGUGAUGGAAUCUCAUCAAGCUAGCAAAUUGGACACGUCUGGAACUGCCAAAAACGUCAUCUCAUGCUUUCAGAAACUAGGUGUUUCCUUUGAAAUGGAUCAGAUACAAAUGAUACGGGAUCCACGACAACAAAUUGAGAUGGUGGGUGUGCCAGAGGAGCAUCUAUCUGGUCAUGCAUUUCAUAUGUACCAUCUGACAUCACCUGAUAAAACAGUUUCAUUCGAGUUUCAACAUAAUGUUUGUGGCAGAUCAAUAUAUGCAGAGGGUACUGUUGAUGCUACAAUUUUUCUUGCUCAGAAGGUUCGAUCAAAGGCAGAUAAGCGAAUCUACGACAUGAUCGAUGUCUUGCGUGAAGGCAACAUGCGAUGAUGGUAGGGGUUGGUUGCAUAGUUGUGUUUGUGCCAGGUUUUAUCUAUAGAUGCGGCUGGUAUAAGAAAACGGGACCUUCUUGUCAAGUGAAGAG